ACGGCGCUCCAAUGCGGGCGCACGCAAUCUGCGCGCUAUCGACCGCUCCGCGUACGAGUACUCGCACCAAUUAAAACAUAUCGUUCUCGAUCGGAUUAUUGUGCGAGUGUGAACAUGAGGUGCUUAGUGCUGGUCCUGGUGGCGUUCGCGGGAGCCCGGGCCGUCACCGCGGCGGCCGCUUCCUGCGCCCUCUCAGAGGAGUUCUUCCUGAGGCAUAAUGUAUCAGCUGAUGAUAGCGAUGGACCAGGCCUGGUGUGCGGCGGGCAGUGUUGCGGGCGGGGGCGGGAAGCGCGGCUGCGGGACGCGCUGCGGCGGGCUGCAGUCGCGCGCGCGGCCGCCGCCACGCGCCCCAUCGCCACCUUGCUGCUCUCCACGCGAACUACGCUGCAAGAGCACCUAACGGCGCUGUCACAUCAGUCACAAAACAAAACUGCGGUGUUGUUAGCGCAAGUAUACCGUGCGCAAGGAGCGCGCGCGCACGGGCCGCUCAGCGCGCUAUACGGCGAGGUGCGCGCAGCGCUGCGGCCGCCCGCGACCGACCUGCUCGACGCGCUAGUCACCGAGCCGCCCAGGGACCUCGCUAUUGCUACUGACAAGUUCUUUCGUGAACUUUUCCCCUUGGCCUACCACAAUAUACUCAAACUAGAUACCAAACAAUUCACGGUCCAGCACGAAAUGUGUCUUAAAGAUGCUUAUGAUGCCGUGCAGCCUUUUGGAGACGUUCCGCAACAGUUGGGUAUGACGCUGUCGAAGUCUAUGGAGGGCGCGCGGGCUCUGCUCGUGGCGCUGGGCGCGGGCGCGAGCGCUCUUGCGGCGGCGGAGCAGGCGGUGGCGCGCGCGAGCGGCGCGUGCGCCGCGCGCCUGCUGCGCGCUGCGGGCUGCGCGCGCUGCCGGGGUCUCGAUGCGCCGCCCUGCCGACACUACUGCCUCAACGUCGUGCGAGGAUGUGUGGGGGCGCCGGUGGCGGAGCUGGCGGGCGCGUGGACCAGCUACGUAGAGGGCGUGGAGGCGCUGGCGCGGGCCGACGCCGACGCUGCCCUGCGCGCGCUCGGCGAGCGCGUGUCACGAGCCGUCAUGCACGCGCUCGAAAACAAAGUUCAGCUCGAGAAGAAGGUGCGGCUAGAGUGUGGCUCCCCUGACACGACGGAGGGCGGCAGCGCGAGCGGCGCGGGCGCGGUGUCGGCGGGCGCGCCGCGACGCGAGGCGUUGCGCGCGCCUCCGCCCGACGCAGAGCUGCUGCAGUUCGCCGCCUCGCUCGCCGCCAGCAAGAGACUCUUCUCGGCGCUGCCCGACUACUUAUGCGACGAACCCGACUUCGCCCAUGACGAUAACGAUCACUGCUGGAACGGGAACACACUUGGAACGUACGAAAAACCCCUUGUUGCGAGCUCAUCAUUGAGCGACCAGAAAUACAACCCUGAAGUUGAAGGCGCCGUGCCGCAGGACCCGAAGGUGGCGGCCAUUGGCGACCAACUGCGGCAGGCCAGACAGCUGCUGGCGAGCAACACGUGGAGCAGAGCGCCGGCCGCCGAGGCGUUCAUGCAGGGCGACGAGGCGGGCGAGGAGGGCUCGGGCUCGGGCCGCAGCUACGCCUACGACGACGCCGCGCUCGACGCCGAGGGCUCCGGCGAGGAAGGCUCCGGACACGUCGCCGUCGGAAGCCGGCCGGACGGGGGAGAGGAACCGCGAGCACAGCCGCCGCCGACGCCUGGCGGGUCGGACAGCGCGUGCGCGCCGCCGCUGCUGGUGCUGGCGCUGCUGGUGCUGCUCACCUAGGCCGCGGCCGCGCCGCUCGAGAUCCCGUCGCGACACUUCCGCCCCUGAGGAGUCUGAACUACCUAACAGAAUUCUCAUAUCAUUUAGUGUGAAAUCACGAUUAGGUAAAAAGCCUUGCGUAAUAAUCGUAGUGUGAAAAAUUUAAGACUCCUAAGUUUUUCGUACCGUUUAUUCGGUGAUACUUUAGCGGAUUCCUAAGAACGUUAUAUAUGAAGAAUACUGUCUGACAGUAAUUAGUUCCAGAAUUAUUGACAGUGUGUUUGCUCUUCUUUAAAGAAAAAACUGGUGAUAGAAUAAUGCAUUGUCGUUUUACAUCGUACGAGUUAUGCAUUUAAAUUAACCAUACCUACGCGAUAGAUUUUAAUGGCCUGCAAUUGUCAAAUGCAUAUCAAUAUUUUAUCAAUAAACGUUUUUGUAAAUAUAAUCUAUACCUAUUAGAUACGAGUACAUUUAUGAAAUGAAACAUAUUACAUUUUUUUUGCAUUUAACGUGUUCAAAACGUCAUAUUGUGGUAUUUGCAGUCGUAGCCACGAAUUCACUGUUGAAUUGUACUAGCUGAUUGGCAAUAAAUUUAUAAAUAUAUAAAGGAAAAACGUAUAACGAUUAGAAAAAGUGAUAGAAUUAUUAAGGGUUUAAUGUACAGAUGUAAAUACUUAAAACUCUGACGGUCUAGGUGCUUAGCUAGUAAACAUAUUUUGUUGCCAUAUUAAAAUUACGGAUACUAUUAUUUAUAACACUAAUUAAGUCAUAAUUUAAUGUAUUAAUAUUUUAUGUGAUACUGAUUUAGUUAAGUCGAUAAGAUUUAUUGCAUGCGAAUUAAGUUAUUUAUAAAUUGUAAAUUGGUCCUGAGGUUGACUGUGGCAUAUGUUAUUGCUUAUUGCGGUGUGCCUACAGUAGUGUAUGAGUACACUUGUACAGCAGGAGACAGGGUGGGAGGCGGGCCCGCGGGCCGAGCUCGCCAGGGGCGCUCACGACUACGACAGGCCCCAAUCAACGUGCUGGUUUGUCAAAGCCAACAACGGCUGCCCAAAGCAGCGUUACCCUUUGGUUCUUACUUAUUGAGGUAGAGCUGCAUGUAGUUACAGUUGCCCAAGUCGAAGACGAGUUGUAAUUUUAAUGAGAAUACAAUUCAAGUGACCCAUCUUCUCUUGUUAGAAGUCAGUAAAAAUAGCAUCAUGCGCGGACGCGGGGCACGCUUGUACGCCGGCAAUCUAGCGCUUGCACCUGUCCUCUGUUGUGACUCGUCAUCGGACCCACUAAAUGACUAAAAGUAAAAAUAUUUAUAUAACAUCAUAUUAAUCAUAAUAAAAAGUAUGUACGUAUGUAGGUAUUAUGUACAAUCAGACACCAUGUAAUGGUGCGCUGGAGUUUUUGUAAAUGUGUUGUAGGUUAUAUGGAGGCGUAUAAUGGAGAGGACCAGAAUUGGCACGUGGAAUAUAUAUUGUUAAAGUGUCGUUUGAGACGACGCGAAUGUUCAUGUUAUGCCUUUACUCAGUAGCGGCGAGCACCGCACUUCGUACCAUAGAUACCUAGUUAUUGUUUCCGAUAACCGAAAGCCCGACACAGGCUUCGGACUCUGUCGGAAAUUACUUAA